AUAACUAGCGCCGGUCGGUGCCCCCCCUCGCUGAUUCACUUCGGGCCCUCGCGUGGCAUUUUAGCGGCUUCGCUGAACGGCCCGGCCCGGCACGGAACGGGACGCCGACCCGCCACGAAGCAUAUGGACAUAGCGGGAGAAAAGAGUGGCCCUGGUCUCGCACUUGCGACCUCCUUCUCCUCCUCCGCCUCUUGCUCCCCCCUUCCUCCUCCUCCUCCUCCUCCUCGUCGUCGUCGUCGAGGGAGGGGGGCGCGGCGGCGCGUCCUCAUCUGGCCUCGGUGGACGCGGCCGGGCGUGAGAGGAGAGCCAUGACUCUGAGCUCCGAGAUGUCGGAUGCCUCCGUCCUCUCGGAAGAGACCGACAUCGACGUGGUGGGCGAGGGGGAGGAGGGGGAGCACGGCCGCGGCUCUCCUCCGACGCCGCAGCCUCAGCCCCUGCAUCCGUCGGACGCCGCCUCCGCCGCCGCCGCCGCCGCCGUCGCCGGCUCGGCGGCUGGCAAGAACCCGCUGGUGAAGCCGCCUUACUCGUACAUCGCCUUAAUCACCAUGGCCAUCCUGCAGAGCCCCAAGAAGCGGCUCACCCUCAGCGAGAUCUGCGACUUCAUCAGCAACCGCUUCCCGUACUACCGCGAGAAGUUCCCGGCCUGGCAGAACUCCAUCCGCCACAACUUGUCGCUCAACGACUGCUUCGUCAAGAUCCCGCGGGAGCCCGGCAACCCGGGCAAGGGCAACUACUGGACGCUGGACCCGGAGUCGGCGGACAUGUUCGACAACGGAAGCUUCCUGCGGCGGAGGAAGCGCUUCAAGCGGCAGCAGACGCAGGACUUGCUGCGGGAGCACGGCGGCUUCCUGCCGGCUGCCGCCUACGGCUACGGGGGCUACGGCUGCGGGGGGUACGGCCUCCAGCUGCAGUCGUACCACACGCACUCGGCCCUGUUGGCCUUCCAGCAGCAGCAGCAGCAGCAGCACCAGCAGUCCGCCCGGCACGGAGGCACCGUCCUCCCCGCCGCCUCCCUCCUGUCCUCCGCGGAGCGCCCCCGGGGCCGCUUCUACCCGCAGCUCGGCGCCGCUGCGCAGGGCUCGCCGGCCGGCGAGCACAAGCCCGGCUCGCCCGCCCACCGCUCGCCCUUCUCCAUCGAGAGCAUCAUCGGCGGAGGCUCGCCUAGCCCGUCCAGGACUUCCCCGGCGGUGGUGCCGGUGAUGGCCGCCUCGCUGGCGCUGCACCCGCUGGAGAACUUCACCGCCGGCGGCUGUUAAAGCACACUCAAACAAACAAACAAACAAACACAAAACUCGCGAACAAAUAAACGGCCCCUCAGUCAAAGGUAGGAGUAUAUUAUUUUUUUAAUGUUUGUUGCAGCGCGCGCGUGGACCGUUUGGAGUGCGCCUUCACGCGGGUUGAGACGAUAUUUAAUGUUCAUAUUUCUUUUUUUUUUCCUCUCUCUUUUUUUUUUGAGAGUUUGAAAAUCAGGAUGUUUGGACCUUGUCUCCUCCAGCCACAAUCUCAGGACGAAUUGCUAUAAAUGAUCACGUUGUUUUCUUAAAUAAUAAUAAUAAUAAUAAUAAUAAUGUAUUAAUGUGUCAAACGCAUUUGUUUUUAUUAUUAAUAGUUUGGCCAAUUUGAACAGAUUUUUGAUUUUAAACUUUGUAAUAAAAACACAAAGCGUUUAAAAAAAAGUCAUACGUUUAUAACAUGCAGUGUGUGUUUAUUUCAGUAAAAAUAAUAAAUGUACAUUUUUGGCUACGACGAAA